AUUUUGGGAUAAAAUGGACUGUUUCAAACCCACAGAAUUUAUGGAAAGCAUAAAGCUCGAUGACCCUGCUUAUACGCCUCUGAAGGAAGCUCAGGCUGAAGAGGCUUCCAGGUUUUUGGAUAUUUUGGAUUCGCCUGAAAAUAGUGAUACUGAAGAGCAAGAUGUGACCAAAGAUUUUUCCUUUCCUUUAGGAGGUAUUAGGGAGGAGUCCAAGAGCUAUGAAGUUCCAAAGUACACAGUUGUUAGAGUUGACAGACUACCUCAAAUUACAAAAGAACAAGACAUUCAUUUGGCCUGAGAACUUUUUGGAAAAAUUAAUAAUAUUAACAUUGACCAUACAAAUAACUGAGCGUGGAUUCAGUUUGAAAAUAAUGAGUCGGCUGAAGAAUGAAUCCGAGGUUCUCGAAACCUAAAUCUCUUCAUUGGAGCCCAACUUUCCUUAUCUGCCACUAUGUCUGACGCUCGUCAGCAUGUUGAGCCAAGUUGAGUUCAGACCAGCUUUGAAAAUAAUUGAUGGCAAAACAGCCCAUUUCAAUUAAAUAGUGUUCAUAGGGCUGAUUAUAGCCUUAUAAACUACUCCAACAGCGAGCCAUCAGAAGGAAAUUACAAUGAAUUCGCGAAGAGCAAUACUGAAUUUAACAGUUACCAUACUGAUUACAACGGGACUAGACACCCCUUUGAAGAAAAUAGCUCCUAUUUCCCAUACUUCCAGCAGUAUCCUCAGUAUGGGCAAGAAUAUGGAACAGUUCAGAAUGAAUUUCAGAACCUGUAUUAUCAAAAUUAUGAUCACGGGUUUGCUCCUCCAGGUGAAACUUACCCACCUGCUAAAGUUCAGAGCCCUGAAAAUAUCCCUUCUCUGGAAGAACAGACUAGCAUGGGCAAGAAAAAGAAGGAAUCGAAUAUUCUGAUCGCUUCUGGGUUUCCUUUAGACGUCACUCCUUAUAAGAUUUUCAGAUUGUUCUCAUUGUACGGCAACGUUACCAGAAUUAAGAUAAUGUUCAAGAAGAGAGAUACUGCUCUCAUCCAAUUCAUGGACUGUUAUCAGGCCAAAUUAGCUAAAUUAUACCUCAAUGGGUGCCAGUUCGGUGGUAAAGUUAUCAAAGUUAACGCUUCAAAGUCAAGCUUUAUCAUCAUGCCUAAGAAAGGAACCAAGAUGGAAUCUGAAGAGAGGAUGCUUGCCCAAGAUUUCUCUCGUUCUAAGGAGCAUAGAUACAAAAUUGCUGGGAGUAGAAAUUUCCAGAACAUCGCUCCUCCCUCUAAAGUCCUGCAUCUUUCCAACCUUCCUAAGGAGAUUGAUGAAGUAAGGCUUCAGAGUGUAUUCUCUACUGUCUCAAAUUUUGAGAAAAUAAAAUUUUUCGAUGUUGCAGAGAAGAUCAUGGCUCACGCAGAGUUUGAUUCUAUCAGCACUGCUAUAGAAGUCAUUAUUGCAUUCCAUAACUACAACAUCGAUGGUAGGUACAUAAAAAUUUCCUUUUCUAAAAAUGUGCCUGAAAACCUUACAAAAGAAGAAUAAGUCUUUUAGGUCAGAAGGCUGAUCAGAAUUUGAAAUCAGCUGUAGCCUGGUUAAAAGCAUCCCAAUUU